GGCACCGACGUCUGCGGACGGGCGGACGGCUGUUGGGGCCGUUGAGGCGGCUGUGGGUCUGCGCCCCGGGUUCCGGAUGGAGGCGGGGCCUGGUCCCGGACCCAGGGUCUGCUGCAAGCCUGGCGGACGGCUGGACAUGAACCACGGUUUCGUGCACCAUAUCCGACGGAACCAGAUCGCCCGGGACAACUACGACAAGAAGGUGAAGCAGGCGGCCAAGGAGAAGGUGAGGAGACGGCACACGCCCGCGCCGACGCGGCCCCGUAAGCCAGACAUGCAAGUGUACCUGCCGCGACACCGAGAUGGCUCUACCCACCCAAGCAACCCAGACUAUGAAGAGUCCGCUGAAAGCAGCAGUAGUGGUGGCUCCGAGCUGGAGCCUUCUAGCCAUCAGCUCUUCUGCUUAGAAUAUGAGGCGGACAGUGGAGAGGUCACAUCAGUUAUCGUGUAUCAGGACGAUGACCCAGGAAGGGUGAGUGAGGAGGUGUCAGCACACACGCCUCUGGAUCCACCCAUGCGAGAGGCCCUCAAGUUGCGUAUCCAGGAGGAGAUUGCAAAGCGCCAGAGCCAACACUGACCAGAUUGAAGGCAUUCUCUCCAGGCUGGAUUCACUGCACUUAGAAGAAUUCUGCACAGGGAGCUCACCCCUAGUCUGGGGGUGCCAGGACCAGUUUGUUUGAUCUUGAGAGCCCCUGCUGCAUCCACAAGGGUGUUGCAGGACUACACCUGGCCCACCUUGCAGCCAUUCUUUCUUAUAUGUUGGCUCAUUGGCCCAGCCUAAUAUUCUGGAAUUUUUUGAGAAUUUUGUUUGGCUAACUUGGUGAUCUGGGAACAGAGACUCCAGGGAGAGCCCGGGUUUCUGAAACUUCAUGCCAACAUGGUGCUUUGUCGCUGAGGGCAUAUACCUGGCCGCUGCUGUUCCACCCAGCUGCUUGAGCCAUUUUUGUUAUUUUAUGGUUCUUUUCGUUUGUGCUUCUGCUCAUCUCCACCCAUGUUUUCCUAGACCUUUUUUUCUGCUCUUUUUCUUUGUUCUUUCCUUUCCCUCAUCUUUUUGUCUCGGGUAGAAUCCAUCUGUUCUCUACCCUUCCCCCCUCAACAUGACUAUGUACCUCCAGCUGCUCAGGACCUUGGAGGUGGGGGGGCUCUGGGGAUUUACUUUUCUAACAAGCUUUCCAAGUAAUUCUGAUACCAAUAAAAUGGGAGAUCUUUUUUUUCAAGGCCUACUUGAAAGCAUGUUUCCCUCCCCUUCCAUGGCUUUUUCAAGUUCUUUUCAAGUUUCUUGCAUGCUCCACUGCUUUGCACCAUCCAGACAGGAGAAUUAGGCAGAUGUCAGAGCUAAACUACAAGGAUUUCUUUUUCUUUUUUUUAAGAGACAGGGUCUCGCUAUGUUGCCCAGGCUAGAUGCAUCUGGCCUCAAGUGAUCCUCCUCCAGACUUCCAGCUAGCUAGGACUUUAAACUGCAAGGAUUUCUCACAGCCAAAACCUACCUUGGCUAGGGCUACAGAAUUCCACCUUUGGACCUCAUCUCUAGCUGUGAACAGAGUGUUCUUUGCUCAAACUAAAGGGGAAUUAUCAAAACAAGCUUGGAACUAACUCCAGUUGUGAGGUAACAGUGUUAAACAUCCACCCAAAGGGAAAUUCAACAUUAGCAAUAAUUGCCUAAUUGGAGCCCUAGCUGCAAAAAAACAAAAGUCCUGAACAACACUCCAGAGGGAAUGAAAAGAGCCCCUCUCAUUCUGCCCCCUCCCCUGCCCCAUGCUUCUUUCCUACCUCUCAAAAGUAUAUAACUCAGCUCCUGAGAUUAAAGACCCCCAGGAAUACCACUGCUCUCACUCAGUGAAUAUUUUUUCUAAUGCAGGGUUAGCCUAAGUUCUGGAGACCAAAGACAUCUGUGUACCAAUGUUCUGAGGCACUUCAGUUUUCCCACAAAUCACCCUGGCCUCGGUGACUUGAAAUGUGGGGUUUAAGUAAGCCUUUGAGCACUGAGAUCUCCUAAAACCAAAGCCCCUGCCCUAGAGGUUUCUCCUCAUCGGGGUCUCAAGACACCUGAGGGCACUGUUGAUUUGUGCCUUACACCCCUAAAAAUCUACCCCCUCAGAAAUGGGGCAAGGCAGCUACUUCAACUAUGCCAUUAAAACAAUGAGCCACAGCUCUCAGUGCCAGGGGGAUGCUUUGAUGCUGAGUGAGGUGGGUAAGUUUGAAGGGCCUGGUUGCGAGGGCAUCCAGGGACUCACAGCGUUGGCCUGGGGUUAAGUGCCUUAAACUUGCCAGUGCUGGGCUCAUUUCUUUAAAAGGAGAGUCUUUGCCCUCUACCUACAAAACUGGACUACAAGUGCCUUUUGACUUCUAAUGGUAACUAGCCCCUAAAGCUUCCUGGGCCAAGGAGGCUCUGCCAAACUACCCCCUCGUCCCCUGCUUCUCCCUGCAGGUCAGAGGACCAGUCAGCCUUUCUAGUCUUCCAGCUCUUCAGCUGGUCUUAGAACUUGGAACAUAGGAUUUCACUGGAAGUCUUUGGCUUCUUAGUCUAAAAAUACUUUUUGGGUCUGUCUUCUCACAGCUGGAUCACCUAUUUCCUGUUUUUGUUGUUUUUGUGGAGAUAGUCUCACU